AUGCCUCCAGAGCCAGAGAGGCGCCACCCAGACAGCAUGGGAGAAUUCAACUUGGACCAAGAUUUUACCAUGGCGGCGCUUCCCUACGAGCUGUUCGACAUUGAUCACUACCAGACGUAUCCUCCUCCAGGUGAUGAAGACACAUAUUCUUUUGACACUAUACCAACAUUGACGAACCACACAAGUCCAGUGACAUCCAUGGAUGACCUGGAAGAAUCCUUCCGACAGCCCACAGCUAGCCACCCAUGGGAGGAGAAUUUCCCUGGAGCUCAUCAUUGUGUCCACUACCCGGAGGCUGAUCUGAACCAGUCUUUUCUCGACCCGAAACAGAUUUCUUCGCCUUUCAACUUUACUUCAGCAGGUCCCACGUUUUUGUCUGCAUCGACUGAGGGGGCAGUGGGUACUGUAGAGCCACCGUCGACAGCCAGGAGACCCUCGACUGGGGUUCUAGCAAAGCAAGCGACACCAUUGUAUUGCCACUCAUGCCAAAUAUCAUUUCCUCGCCGCACAGAGUUCAAGUAA